UUAGUCGGCGGCUCACGGCUCAGUGAUUCAUUCAUUUCUAACCUGCGGCAUACUAUUUUGCUCCCUGGAGUUUUCUAGAAAUGAGAAAGACGUAACGAACCUUUUAGAGACACACUGGAGGUUUCAUGUUAUGCAUAGUACGUUGGCAUGCCACCUGAAAGGAAGAGAACAGGUUGUGAAUCUUGAAAUAAACGACGAUCGAGUUUCGGCACUUGAGUUGUUGUGCCCCGCGGAGUGAAAUUUUAUUGAUUCUAAUUCAGUUAGCAUUGCUUCAAAACUGGACUGCAAAAGAGAAAAGUUGGGUUAGGUCUAAUCACUGAAGAAGAAAUGAAUGCGUAGCAAACACUCAAAAUCAUUAAACAUGGACUCCGGCGCCUUGGGGGACGGUACACUGGCCGCAAGUGGAAGGGUGCUUUCUUCAAAGCAGCGAGCCCCUCCCCCACCACAGAAGGCCAUAAAAUGUGAUCCAGUGGACGUAGAGAUACAAGAAGAUGAUAUUCCAAAAACCUUGAGUACAACACAUCGCAAAGCUUUACUAAAACAAUCACAGGAUCGAGCUAAAGAGCCCCAAGCUCUAGUGUUUAGGAAACUUGAUGAUCAUGACAGUGAUCAGGGGGGUGGAUUAAAAGCGAAGCCUGGCAGCGAGCAAAAGGUGUCACUUGCACAUGCUGGAGAAAAACUUUUGGCAACAUUUUAUGGAAUGCUUUACACUAAUGACAGCGCUGAAAAAGAAUGGAAACUUGAGGUGGAUGGAUUCCUUCCCAUUUGCUUUGUUCAGGUCCAAGGAAAUGCGAACAAGCCAUUCAGAAUUAUUGCCGUUGGGAAGUCAAAAAGAAUAAUGGAGUACCAGGUGAAUGUAAAUACAACUUGUGCAAGGAACUCAACAUUUGUCAAGUGGCAGGAUGGAGUGUCAAUGUUUGGCAUACGUUUUGCUAAAGAAGAUCAAGCUGAACAGUUCUUAACCACAGUGAAGAGAAUGGCCUCCACUUUAAAUAAAGCUGCAUUACUUCUGAAGCAGCCAGAAAGAAAGGCCGUAAUAAGACAGAUAUCUGAUCCUGAUUCAACAAGUAAUGUACAGCAUACCAAAGUAUCACUGAUGAUCAAACUUCCUGAUAAACAGUCAACAGUCAUGUCUGUUCCUGGACUGUUGACAAUGAGUGAGCUGUUUGAAAUGAUUUGCGAAAAGGAAAAUCUCAUUCCUGCCGAGCAUCAGUUGUCUUUGCCAAGAACAGGAGCAAGAAAAGUAACCUUUGACUCUGGUACAGCCAUUGGUUCAUUGAAGAUCAGGGAAGUUGCGAUUAUAAGAACAGUGAUGACUUCACAAAACAUUGCUGGGAGUGUCAAGGUUGAAGAUGAAUCUGUAGAGGAUUUACUUGAUGCAGAAGGAGAGGAGAAUAAAAUUCUUCAACUUAUCCUGCCAAACGGAGUGAAGAAAUCAUACCGUGUGUCUCUGGACAUGACAAUGAAGCAGUUGGUGAUGCGAGUGUGUUCACGGGAGGGCCUCAACCCUCGUCAUCACUCUCUACAGGAAAUAGACUUCAAACAUGAGUUCCUUGAAGCAGGCAGUACUGUUGAUGAAAUUGGUGUCAGUCAAGUUAGAUUAAUAGAUAAAAGAGCUCUAAAGCGUAACAGCCUUACAAUAAUCAAGGCCUCUGUAACCGAUGAUGACUCGCCAUCUAAUUCCCCACAUAACCGUAAACACAGGAAAAGCUGUGGCGACGGGUUGGAGUUAGAUUCGUCUGCAACGAUCGAGGGAGACAAGGAAAACAAGAUGUCGUGGCAGCAGAGAAGCAAAUCGUUAGAAGUACUUGUAGAUGAGAAACAGAAUAAUGCGUUGUCCCAGCAGAAUGGACACAUUACCAAAGAGGAUUCUCAGAAGCACUCUGCGUCUAAUGGCUCAGUUCCAACAAAAGAGAGAAGAAACUCCAGUGAAGCAACUACGAUAAAAAAGCCGCCAAUCCCUCCCUUACCUUACGCUUACAAGUUUGCGAAUCUAAAGCAAAACCAGCCUGGUAACCUGACAAAUGGAGCGUUACGAGAUCAAGACCUGAGCCCAAUUAAAAAGAACGGUGUAACGUCCGCUUCCACUCCAGAUCUGAGUACUAUUUCAUCGCGAUCAGACUCUCCUGACAUCAAGACAUCCACACCGGAUACUAAGAGCAGACGCAGAGCGGCUCCGCCUCCUCCCCCGCGUCCAGCAGCUCCUAAGGCGUUAUUUACGGGUGUGAAAUCUGAGACACAAGUUGAUGGCGCUGGAGUGGCCGUGAAAGCUAAUAAUCCCCCUCCUGUGGCUAGCUCUAAUGCGUGUCAUACACCAGCUGUAGGCGACGUGAAGUUGAAGCCGAGUCACAAGAAACGACCUGCACCUCCGCGGCCGGACCGCCCCACUCCCCCACAGCCUGCACCAAGACUAGCGAAGCAGGGAUCACGGGAGAGUAAAGUAGUUAAUGGAAUAGGUAGAGAGAAGGAAGUGAGCGUUCGGUUGAAACAAGAUAAGGAAGCAAGAAGCAUUGAUCGUGCUUCACUGUCAUUGGACCUUGAAACGAAUCGUCACUCUCUAGACAAGGAACCCGAACAGGAUGAAUUGAGCGACUUGAGGGGUAUCCCCAUAUUUGUUCCUCCUCCCCCUCCGGAUGAAUUACCUCCCCCGCUGGACGAGUGUGAGACCCCGGUUGGACCAUUGACGGAUUUUGAAGCGGAUAUACUUGAAGGCUCCGCGAGUGACGAUUUUCCCGGAACACUCAACGGUUAUGUAGGCAUGCAGAAUAUUGGAAUGUUUCCUGGUCACGGUGCUAAUGAUUCACGAGCUCCAACUUUGCUAAAGUCAAGACAGGAGACUGCUCUCGAGUCGGUCCCUGAACAAGGUUACGUCCCUGAUGGAAAAGAUCUAUUUCCUGUCGUUCCACCUCCUCCGCUUUAUUCUGAACCCGAGUCUUCAAGCUUAACUGAUAUUCCACCUCCGUUAUUAGAAACCCAGACAAUACAAACGAGCCAAGAGGGUGAAGAAAAGGAACAUGAUUCAGGGUUCGAUCAGAGCCCCGAGCACCUUAUUGUAACUCCUCCUGAAGACCUGUCGGAUGAUGUCCAAGUAGGGCACUUGGAGGAACCUGAUACUGGAUCCAGUUUGGACGUCAUUAGUGCCAUUCCACCACCGGCGGAUUUUGAAACGCCUCCACUUACCCCUCCCUGUCAGUUUGCUAAUCCUAACGUGGUACCCCUAGAGGGGUUUCUUAAUUCUGUGGAAGAUGAUAAGAAAGAAGAACCAGAAAAAGAAAAACCUCGAAAGAAACUCGACAUCAGUGAAGGUUUAUUUCCAUGGAUGAACGAGCCUCAAGCGCCCGUCAAUGCCGUUAUACCGGUGGACGAACCUAAGGCCACAGAGGAUGAUAUGAUUGUUAAGAUAGACAUAGGAUAUACUGCCCCUGCUAAUGAAAAUCAAAAAGACUCUACUGAGACCAUGGCACAUCCUACAUCACCAAGUGUCGAUGCUCCAAAUGCAAGUGUCACUACAGAUGUGGAUUUUAGGCCGGUACCUCACGAAGAUGAAAAACCUGCAAGGCCAGAACUAGAAGUCAAACAGAAUGUCGUGCCAGUAAUACCUGAAGUGAGCGUAGAAGCAAAGCCUAGCGUGGAAUUACAGCGGAGUUCGAUCGGUGACCAGAUCAAGGAAUCAUUGCAAAAACCAAAGAUAAUUGAAUCAAGCCAAAUUGAAGCUAAAACAAUCAUGGUUACAAAUGAGAAUUCCAAGGAAUCAGGAUCACAACAAGUUUUGGACACGACUAUAAAACCGGGUGAACCAGAAACUACCGCCAAGGCAGUUGAGUUUGUCAAGGAAAUGGAAGUUAAAGUUGAACCAGAUGUUGAUGUUGAACAGUAUGCACGCUCGUCGUUUACUCCAACCAUAGAAGCUGCGAGACCAGAACCACAGGUGAAACCUGCAAAACCGGAUUUGCAAGGUAAACCUGGAAAACCAGAAACCAAAGCUAAGCCAGUUCCGGUUGUCCGAGAAGCGGAAGUUAAAGUUGAACAGUUCCAGUCCUCGUCAGCUAAGACUCCUGUUGGACCAGAUCCUUUGCUUGACCUUGCCAUACUAGAAAAUCAAAUAAAACCGGACAAACCAGACCGAAUAAUUAUACCAGCCACGGUCAUUAAAGAACCAGAAAUCCAGCAGCCUGCGCCCUCAAAACCCGCAGGGACACAACCCAUAAAACCGGAACAACAAGUUAAACCUGAAAAACCAGAAAAAACAGUGAAGCCAGUUCCGUUUUUCAAAGAAGCGGGCGUGAAAGUUGAUGUUCAAGCGCCCGCUCUCUCGUCAUUUAAUCCAUCCACAGAACCCGCAAGGCUGGACCCUCAGGUUUUACCAGAAAAACAAGAAUGCAUCAAUGCAAGUCCUGUUGAAGAAAUUAUAGCGCCACGGUCCAAACCUGAAGUAGAAAUGUAUGUAAAGACGCUUCCAGAUGAAACGCAUGAUCUUUCUGUACAAGAGACUCCCAUUAAGAUUGUAACUGUUGGAAAGCAGGAUUUUGUAGCAGAGGCCCCUGUUACUCCAGAAACAAAACCUAUUUCUGGUUCAGAUGACAAACUGAAGGAUUUAGAAGCAAAGCUGCAGGAGUUAGAUCAAGAACCUGUGCCUUCUUCGAGUGAAUUGAAAACACUGGAGAGCAAGACAACUCCUUUAGUUUACAAGGAAGUCGAACCUGUAGUCCAAACGAAAGAUCCUUCCUCUGAAGAGGUGAUCGUGGCUGAGACUAAACAAGUGGAGUUCUCAAGUUAUGGACAUUUUGAGAAGCUGUUUAAGAUAGACUCUGACGAGCAACGUACAAAAGAAAAUGCUCGUGUCCAGGACAAAGAAGACAAGACUGACGCCGUUACGGAAAUACAGUGCGUUCAACCUGAGAGCGCUUCAUCGCACGUAGAAGAAAAGCCGGAGCUCAGUUUAGAUCUGUCAUCUUUAAGGCAAUCUUCUGAACCGCCCUGCCCUCCUUCUUCUUCACCACCGGCUGUUUCACCUCGCUCGUCCAGCUUACCCUCCCCUGUAGCACUUGACAGUGCCCGGUCGACUGAUUCUGGGUUUGCGACUCUUGAGAAGCCCAAGAGCCCCUCUUCACUUGACAGUAAACCGCUCGGGCCCACCCCGCUCAGCAACUCGGCGGACAAGACUGCAGGAUGGACAAGCGUGUCAAUUACUGCGGGUGUAUCGAAGCCUCCCGCAUCACAAACAGAGGAACAAACAGCAGGUAUACAUGGAAAACCGCCUACAGCAAAAAAACCUAUAAACGUAAAGCUUCAGCGGCCGCUGAGUAUGCCAGCAGGAAUUCUGAGAGACUUCAAGAGCGGUACUGUGCAAGACCAAACCAAAUCUGAAGAGUCUGAUGUAAGGGAGAGCAAUGCUGGUCAAGAGAAAAGUAAAUUGGCAAAAUCUGAUUCAAGAACAUCCAAUUCGUCUGACUCUAGUGGGAUUUCCUCGCCUUCACCGGCGUCGUCUCCUAUUCAAAUGUCCGCUACAGACUCUGAAGAUAUGCCCAAGCCUCCUCCUUUCACUGUUCCGCCGCUCCGCCGCUACUCCGACCUCGCAGCUGAUCUAAGCUUCAUCUCAUCGGCAGCUAAGGCAGCAGAGAAAGCGAACGAGUCUGAAUCCAAAGCAGACGUUCCUCCGAAGCCCCCGAAUAUGCUACUGAGGAGAAACCCUGGUACGGCUCCUGUAGAGAGACCCAGGAGCUGGGUGGGACCAGAAACAGAGACUAAGCAGAGACCCAGGGUGUGGUCGUCAGCGUUUAAACCGGUUUCAUUUGAUGCACAAGCAAAGAAAGGCGUGAGGCCAGUUGAUUUCCAAGCGAAAUCCUCUCCUGCACCUCCUGCAGUUCCAAGCAAGCCUACUGUCCCAUCAGCAGCACACUCCACUGCGUCACUGCAUAGCGAAGCUCCAGUGACAGGAACAUUAGAAACAAAGCAACCCGAUAACACCACACAAAAAGAUGUUGAAAAGUCUCCGAAGACAGCUCCCUUGGUCCUGGGUAAGCCUUCAGUGGUUUCAGCGGGUAAACCCACAGCUCCUGUGGUUUCGAUGUCAGCCAGGGAGGAACAAUCUUCUAGUAAUCAAGUUGUAAAGUCUGACUCCAAGGUAGAGAGGACGCCAAGUCAUCCUCUGGCGAAGAAAACAGACUCUGGAAAAACCAAAUAUGAAAUUAUCUACUCUAACACUUCGUCCACGUCCCAAGGCGCUCCAAAAGUGCAAAGUGACAAAACCGAUGGUGGAUCUCACAUUUCCUCCAAAUAUAUGUACAACGCUGCUGCAUUACGUGACCAGAUAAUGCGUGACCAGUCACGGGCUCAGAACAAAGUAACGCGAGAUAGGCCUCAGUCGGCCAUUUUUAGUGGUUCCAAGUUCCAGAUACUGCCUGCCAAUGAAAAGUCGCAGAGCAACAAUGGCAUGCCUUCAACAGAUGCCAAGAAACCUCCUACAAUCCAAGCUAAAGGAGUGUCUUGGACACACACUAAACAGCAAACGAAUGACCACAGCAGCAGCAAGCCAGACAUGCCACCUCCUCAACCCUCAGCUAAGCCACAGCCACCUGUGAAGUCAGCAGUAGCAGACAGUAAGCCGCUCCCGGCUGUGGUGAUGAGAACCAAGACCGCGGAACAACAGGACCCCACUAAGAGACAUUCGCUGCCUACCUAUAUUAUCGAGGGAGCUGAUCGGAAGCCACCAGUCAAGACGACUUGCAACAAGGAGGGCAAUUUUAAUUUCAUCUUGGAGGAGGCACAGACAGACACAACUGUGGUGCCUCGCGGAGUUGUAGCAGCCAUGAAAGCCUUGAGGGAGAAAGGGGGAAUAACGGAAGGAGAAUGAAAGAAAAUGUCCUUGAAUCUCAUGAAAUACGCAGUGGGUCCAAGAACUAUCACUCUUGAUCCUUCUGUUUACAACACGAAACCACGUCAAGUAAUCAGUACUGGGUGUAAAUAAUCUCAUUCUUGUUUAGUUAUAGGUGACUAAAAAUUGCUGUGCAUAGUCGGUGAACUAGCGUUAUUUUAUAGUUCUAAUGCAGUAGAACACGUUAAACUUGCGGUCAAAAUCAACAGCCGUGGGGAUAAGAAAAUCGAUUUGUAAACAUAGUGGUGGUUAAAAAAUUUAGAAUUAUACCUAGCUUAAAAGCUUUUGUUGUCUGAUGUUUAUUUCUAGGGUGGUGGUUGAGAAUGUUUCUUUUUCAAAAUGUUUGCCAAAUAUAAUUGCCAUGCUUUUAUACAAAGUAGGAUUAAAGAUUUUCUUUCCAUUCCGUGUUAUCGGAAAUCUGUUCCAAAGCGGCUGUUGGUACACGUGUAUUGGUAUGAGUAGAGUCAGGAGUCGUACCACAAGUUUGUUAGAUGAAACUGGCAAAGUAAAGAUUAUCGUGAUCACGUUACCUUAGUAACAAAGAUUGCAAGGGCUUGCCAAAUACUGGUAUGUCAUUUCCAUUUUCAGCCAUAUUGAGGUCCUUCUGUUAUUCGUAUGAAGGAGCAGAAAUUAUUUUAUUUCCGGAGGGAAUGUUUGCAAGCAAUAUCUUAAUAUAUAAUUUCAGUUCUUGGAAAGGUGUAUAUGUUCUCUUGUCUUGCAUACAAACCUCCUUGAAAGGUGAAUAUGAUUAUGAUCUAUUCCACCCAUGAAGGGGUGGGGUAGCUAAGAUUUUUGUUGUCAUGAAUGAUACGAGAAAUUGAACGGUUCUUUGUUCAGCGUUCUAUAAUCUUGGGCAUGCUCAAGAAGGACCUCUUUGAAAGGUGAUUAUGAUUAUGAUCUAUUCCACCCAUGUAGGGGUGGGGUAGCUAAGAUUUUUGUUGUCAUGAAUGAUACGAGAAAUUGAACGGUUCUCUGUUCAGCGUUCUAUAAUCUUGGGCAUGCUCAAGAAGGACCUCUGUGAAGGUGAUUAUGAUGAUGAUCUAUUCCAGCCAUGUAGGGGUGGGGUAGCUAAGAUUUUUGUUGUCAUGAAUGAUACGAGAAAUUGAACGGUUCUUUGUUCAGCGUUCUAUAAUCUUGGGCAUGCUCAAGAAGGACCUCUUUGAAAGGUGAUUAUGAUUAUGAUCUAUUCCAGCCAUGUAGGGGUGGGGUAGAUUGUUUUUUCCAAGAAUGUAACGGUUCUCUGUUCAGCGUUCUUUUUUCGUCAGUUUCAACUUUAUUUUGGGCGAAGUUAAAAAUGUUCAAGUUAUUUCGCAAAUAAUUCAUGGGUGUAAAAUAAUAAUCAUCAUCAUUGAGCAAAUCAAAAGUGUAAAUACGUAGAUAUACACAACACAAAAGAACCAGUUAAGAAUUUAUUUAUAUUAUUUGCAAGAAUGAACAGGGCUUUAUUAACUGAAGAGAAAUGAUAUGGCCGGAAAGGAAAAGAAAACUGCGAAGGAGUGUAGAAGGCAGCUUUGUUUGUUUUCCUUGAAAUGUCAUAGACGAGUUUGUUGAGCCAGUUUUCAUUUGUGAGGAAAGUUUAUACCUGGUACAUACACUGUAUCGCUAUAUAUCACUGAAUGAAAAUUUAUGACGUAUGUAGGUAAAAGUAUCGCAGCUUUUGUAUGACUGAAUUGAGAAAUAAUAUUUGUGAUUAAUUUUGCUACCACUGUAAAGCGUUGGAUAAAGAGAAUUAUUUUGUUUACAUUUUUCUUUUCAAUGAAAUUGAAGUCUUCGGCAUAUCCACAUCGUUGAUUGUAUAAAAUGUGGAAUGUUUGUGAUUAAAAUGUUUUGUAACAUUGCAUAGCUCCGAUACAGAUAAAAAUAACUAUUUUGUGCUAUUAGAUAGAAACAAAUAAAUAAAGAGGUCAUCAAUCUUUCUAUUAA